CUGUGACAGCGAUGAGGCGGAGGGAGGCUUCUGGGAGCUUGUUUCCUCCGCCAGCAGGCUCAGGAAGACACCGCAGGCCAGUGAAAUCAGAGUGGAGAGAGCCUGCCGUCACGGCCCACGUUUUCAAAGCGAGCAGCGCGGGGGGUCCCAGCCUGGGACGGGUAUUCAGCACUUCCGGAAACUGAUACUCUGUGGGAUAUUGCUAAAGCUGAAGUGGAGAAAAAAGAAAAUCUUGAAGGCAAUGGAGAUGGAGUGGAAGUUUGGGAAAAAUCACUACUCUUUAUGGGAAACAAAAAUGGGGGAAAGACUACUAUUAUACUGAGGUGUCUUGACAGGGAUGAAAUUCCAAAACCAACAUUAGCCUUGGAAUAUACUUUUGGAAGAAGAGCAAAAGGUCAUAACAGACCAAAAGACAUUGCACAUUUUUGGGAACUAGGUGGUGGAACCUCAUUAUUGGACUUGAUUCAUAUACCAAUAACUAAUGACAACGUAAGGACUUUUGCUAUAAUUCUUGUUUUGGACCUUUCCAAACCUAAUGAACUGUGGCCAACCAUGGAAAGUCUCCUACAGGUCACCAGGAACCACGUGGAUAAAAUUAUAACUAAACUGGGAAAAACAAAUCCUAAAGUAGCUACUGAAAUUAAACAGAGGAUGUGGAACAAUAUGCCGAAGGAUCACCCAGAUCAUGAAUUAAUUGACCCUUUUCCAAUCCCUCUGGUGAUAAUUGGAAGCAAAUAUGAUAUUUUUCAUGAGUUUGACUCUGAGAUGAGGAAAAUAAUGUGCAAGACACUUAGAUUUGUUUCCCAUUAUUACGGAGCAUCACUGGUGUUUACCAGCAAAUCUGAGGCUCUCCUGCUGAAAGCCCGUGUUCUUAUUAAUCAUUUGGCAUUUGGCUUUGACAGAAGCAAAUCCAUAUCAGUGGAUCAGAAUAAACCAUUGUUUAUCCCAGCAGGAUUGGAUUCUCUAAAUCAAAUAGGACCACCACCUGCCUCUAACAGUGAUAUUGGAAAACUGCAUGCACAUACACCUGUGGAUUUGUGGAAAAAAAUAUAUGAGAAAACAUUUCCACCUAAGAGUACUAGGGACUUAAAAGAUGUCAAUGACCCUGCCCAGGAUCCACAAUAUGCUGAGUAUGAAGUUGAUGCAAUGCGAACUCAGAAGAAUCAGAGCCAUUGGUGGAAUCUUCUCACAACUCAGCAAAGAUUUAGUAGCAGAUUCUGCACAGAGGUAUUUCAUUUUUUUUACAAAAUAUUCUUUACAUUGAUUAAGUUUACUGUUAAUUGUAGUUAUAAUUAGGUAAAGCUAAAUAUCUGUUGGCAAAAAUAUCGGAACAUAGUACUUUUAAAAUUUGUUCACUUACUUGCUAGUUUGCAAAACUGACUUACAUUUCCAAUGGGUCUCUUAGUCACUAGUUCAAAUUAUCAAGGUUCUGUUGCAUUAGUUUGGUUGUUAUAAUAUUCCAUGGGUUUUUAAUUCUUCACAAUAGAAGAGGCAUGCAUUACUUAACAACACUUGAAGCUCUAAGACUUUUUCUUCACUGUAAAAAUGUUGUGGUUUUUUACAUCACGAUAGGUAACUUGAAAGAGCCAUUUCUGUAAAAUCCUAGCACAGAAAAGCACUAUAAUUUUUACCUCAGUAUAGUUAUUCAAGGUCACCCCAGGUGUGUGGUAUAGGAUUGAUCUCUUUGAAGGUCAUGGGGUGCCCUGAAUUUUCUGUUGCUAUAAUUCCUGAAUACGUAGUGAGUGUUUAAAUACUAGUGUUGUGCCAUCAUAAUGGAGACUUGUGUAUGUGUGUUAGCUGUACUUAGAAAUUAGCGAUUUGAGCAUAAAAUGCCAAUAGCUUUUAGGUUUAUAUUGUAAUGUUUGCUUGUAUUCAAGAGAUUUCCAAAUGUGCAUCUUGAUAACUCUCAUUAAUUUAUUUGGAAAGGUGCUUAGCUUAUCAUGAAAUUGCUUAUUACAAGGGCCUUAAUACUUAACACUUGACUCUGGGAUUCUUUCAUCAUGUGUUUUUAAUUUUUUGCAAGCUGUAUUUUGAGAUAUCUGUAUAAAUAAUAUUUUACAGUUAACAUCACUUUACUAUUCGCCUUGGCCUGGUGACUAAAUCAAUAGACUGGAACCCAGGGAAGCCCAGUUCCUUAAAGAUACUUAGGUGCAGCUCCUCUUAACACUGACCCUUAGCCCAUAUGCAGCCUGCUGCCCAGUAGAAUUUUCAGCCAAGGUAGCAGCUGAGCAGUAGGUUUGAAAAUGUCAGUGGCACCUAAAUUAUAGACUUCGGUGCCUAAAGAGAGAUGGCGGCACCUAAAUACCUUUUAAGGAUCAGGGCCAAAGUACCUAAAUGAUAAAUAGAUCUGAACCAUUGAUUCUUAGAAGAAUAUGAUUUAAAAAAAAAACUGCAGUGGUUAACUGAAGCAAAUGGAGAUUGUGUGACUUAAUCAAUAUCAGACACACAGAACACCUCCCUGAAAAUCAGACACUAUCUUCAAAAACUUUUGAAGUUUUUGAAGCAAAUGGCAGCACCCCUUCUUACAAAACACUAUAAAAUACUACUACAAACCUAUUUUCCUGAAGAUAUUGGAAAAUGCCUCAAACCUUCAGGAAAACAAAGGGUUUGAAGAAUCUGCAUCAGACAGCAUGCUGGCUCCCUUGAUAAUGAAAGAUGCUGGCUUUGGUUAAGUAUGGAGAGAGAAUUUUUGGUUGUGUGACUUUAUCAGGUGUACAGAUUAGUUAGGUUGUACUGAAAUAAUAUUUGAUUUAACCACUAAAGAUAGCUUUAAAAAUCUAUAUUAAAAGAAGAUUCAAGACUCUGAGGUUGUACAUUUUCCUCAAAAGGGGCAUGUAUUUACUUCAUAUUUUAUUUCCAUAUUCCCUUUUUAGAAGAAAUCGUCUCCAUUCCUAUAUCAUUUUAGCUUAUGUCUCCUAUUAUUCUCCACGAGCCUCAUGACCAUCAUUUCUAUUAAACACAAACAAGUGUGGCUUUCAUGUCAAUUUGCCUGAAUAACUCCUGUGAAACAUCAAUUGUUUUAUCUAGUCCAUACCAUUAAAAUCAGGAUAGUAAUCAUAUGACACUCAUACUAAUCACUGGUUUGUGUUCACCUUUUUUUCUCUGAUUUCCCACCCAUCCUCACAAGCUACUGGAACUCCCCAAUCCCCAGUCACAUUUACAAGAGUUACUAAACUGUGGUUCCUGCAGACUGGCUCUUGAAUUUGCAAAGGUUUCUAGCACUGUUGUUCUAUCCCUUUAUUUGGUUUUAGAAAGGAUGCCUGAAAUCCAGCGCACUCUCUGUCUCUCUCUGCCUUAUUUUGUUUUUUUUCUUAAAACAUGUUAAACUAGUGAGUCCUGAUUAUUAACAGUCCUGCUAGACUUAAAAUAAGUUCCCUUAUUCACUUAAAUAGAAGGGCUGUCUCUUCAGCUCUUGCAAAUCAGCAUCUUUUUCUUAAAGUUUAUGGAGUUAUGCCAGUUUAAAUCAGCUGAGAAUCUUACUUGAUGGCUGCCUUUAAUAGACUGCCAUACCACUGCCUUUGCGUGAAUUCUUAAGCUAUGAGGAGAGCUUGCACAAAAAUCUGUUUUGACUUGCAGCCCUUUCAACCCCAUUGAUUGCAGUAAGAUUGCAUGGGAGGUAAGGCUCAGUAGAUUUUUGGUUCCUGGUGGCUUGGGCAUUUAGUUUCAGAAGAGAUCCUAGUCAAGAAAGGGGAGCCAUUACACUGACUUUCCUGCUUCAGAUUCCAAGCAGCUAGCCUCACAUUAGAAUUGUAACAUAAAACACAGAUACAGUGUGUAUUUCCUUGAAAACAUAGCAGGAAGGUCUUUUUGCUAUCUAAAAACUAUUACUACAGUGUUUGGUGAGUUAUAUCUGUGCUAUAUCAAAAUUUCAUGUAAACUAAUUGAACGCAAUUGGGAAUUUCCAGCAUAAUGAAUUUUUUCUGUGUGGUGUAGCUAAACAUGCCACUCUAAUGCAGUAGCAGGUGGAUAACUGAUCUUUGAAUUUGCAAAAGUAGAUAACCAUAGACCUAAAAUUAUAUGUCUGUAAUUAGAAUAAUACAAACCUUUAGCUAACUUGGAGUCGUGUAUGUAAAGAAGACAUAGUGACUUUUAAAUAACUCGGCUCAUAAAUCUUUAAGCACUAUGAUGCCAUAUGGUACGCAUCACUGCAUGAAACUAAAAGAUAAAACUGCUGUUUGCUAAUGUUUCUAAAGCUUUUUAUAUGCAUCAAAAUUCAUAGUAACAUUUUUGGAUGGAAUAAGGUCAUGUAGGUCCAUCUGUCUACCCGGCUAUUGUUCUUUAUGCUGUAGUGGUGAUUGCCUCUAAGUGCCUGCCUUUUUAAUAUCUUCACAGUAACAACUUUUACUGCUGCUCUUAAUAAUCUGUUCCUCAAAGCUUUUUUCCUAAAGAUUUCCCAGUACUGACUGGGAUUUACUUCUUCCUGAAAUGCUACCUCUUUAGUUUUUGCUUAUUUUUACAUUCAGGUGUAUACAUCUCAUUCCCAUAAAGGGAUUAUUCAGAAUAGCUGAUUAAAAAAUAAAUUAAUGUAGAGGGAAGAAUCUUCCUGCAUACAUGUCAAAUAAAUCCUUUGUGAUCUUUUAAGAAAUGUUUCAGGCUACUACUUUCUGGUCAAAAUAGAGUAUACUAAUGAAGAGGGAAAUCUAGCUACAUCUCCCUGGCCACAGAGUUAUCGCUAGCAGAACAACUCGUACAAGAGGGCCAAGGGCUUGAUUUGGAGGGAAUGCACACGCCCCUGUGAAGCUUCAGCUUUGUAAAGGAUCCUGAUGAAUUAGCAUGGGUAAAGGAGUGGAUUCAUUGUUUUGUGACUCAGCUGGUCUUCCACACACAUAUGCAACCUCCCCCCGCCCCCACCACAUGAAGUGUUUUGGGGCUGUGGAGGGAUUACUUCAGUCAUGUGUAAAAGUAAUCUCUGUGAAAUGGCUUCCUUCCCGCAUAGGAUUCUCAUGGACAGUACCCUGUAUACAGUUCACUGCUUGGAAUGGACAAAGUCCUGAAUUUGGCACACCGUGCAUAAGAAACUAUUUUUGCCAUUGUAAUCUAGGGCUCUAUGAUACAAACAAAGCAAUAAAAUUAAAGUAUAUUCAAUAGAUAGUGGCAAAUUUCCAUGUCUCCACAGUGCUUCCAACUUGGGGCUUGGCCUGCCCUGGCCUGGCAAGUGAAUAGCUAGGAGAGGAAAUCACAUCUCGCUCUCUCUCCUGAAGCAACUUAGUCAGCCUCUAAAGCUAAACAUUUUUAAUUUUAGUAAGAUUCAAAAUUUCUUCUUGUACUUUUUCAAAAUGUGAUAAUGUAUGAUUUAGAAACAUAGCUAGAAACCUUAAACUGCAGGUAGAUUGGAAAGUUACAGAUGGAUGCAUUUUAUUAUUAUUUUACUGGGGAUGUUCUAUGCUAAGUGUUUUGAAAUGUGUUUGUG